CGAGACGUUUCUGGAGCGAGGCGAGCUGUAUUUAAACCGGUGGAGGAGGCGCGCGCCGGGCAGUUGUACGCUCGCAGGAGCUGCUGAGGAGAGCGGAGAGGAAGAGACCCGAAAACGAGGAAAGCAUAUCAAAGCGCACUAACAGUACCCUUCUUAUCAGACGCCAAGGACAAGAUGCCAGAGGAAGCAGCGGCCCCCGCCACUCGGGACCAGCCAAUGGAGGAGGAGGUGGAGACCUUCGCCUUCCAGGCAGAAAUCGCACAGCUCAUGUCCCUGAUCAUCAACACCUUCUACUCCAACAAAGAGAUCUUCCUGAGGGAGCUCAUCUCCAACUCCUCUGAUGCGCUGGACAAAAUCAGAUAUGAAAGUCUUACAGAUCCGAGCAAGCUGGAUUCUGGAAAGGACUUGAAGAUUGAACUGAUUCCUAACAAGCAGGAUCGCACCCUGACCAUCGUAGACACUGGGAUCGGCAUGACCAAGGCUGACCUCAUCAAUAACCUGGGGACCAUCGCCAAGUCUGGAACCAAAGCCUUCAUGGAGGCCUUGGCUGCCGGGGCAGAUAUCUCCAUGAUCGGCCAGUUCGGUGUGGGGUUCUACUCUGCUUACCUGGUGGCUGAGAAAGUGACAGUCAUCACCAAACACAACGACGAUGAGCAGUACGAAUGGGAGUCUUCAGCUGGGGGUUCCUUCACUGUCAGAACAGACAGUACUGAACAAUGCCAGCGAGGGACGAAGGUGAUCCUGCACCUGAAGGAGGACCAGACAGAUUACCUUGAGGAAAAGAGGAUUAAAGAGAUUGUAAAGAAGCACUCGCAGUUCAUUGGCUAUCCCAUUACUCUGUUUGUGGAGAAAGAGCGAGACAAGGAGGUGAGUGACGACGAGGCAGAGGAGGAGAAGGAUGGGGAGAAAGAGGAGGAGGACAAGACAGAGAUUGAGGACAAGCCCGAGAUAGAGGACGUGGGUUCGGACGAGGAGGAAGACGAUAAGGAUAAGGAUAAGAAUAAGAAAAAAAAGAAGAUCAAGGAGAAGUACAUCGACCAGGAGGAGCUCAACAAGACCAAGCCCCUCUGGACCAGGAACCCCGAUGACAUCACCACCGAGGAGUAUGGAGAGUUCUACAAGAGCCUCACCAACGACUGGGAGGACCACCUGGCUGUGAAGCAUUUCUCGGUGGAGGGCCAGCUAGAGUUCAGGGCCCUGCUGUUCGUGCCGAAACGAGCCCCAUUCGACCUGUUUGAGAACAAGAAGAAGAAGAACAACAUCAAGCUGUACGUGCGCAGAGUCUUCAUCAUGGACAACUGUGACGAGCUCAUGCCUGAGUAUCUCAAUUUUGUCAAAGGCGUGGUGGACUCUGAAGAUCUUCCUCUGAACAUCUCCCGCGAGAUGCUGCAGCAGAGCAAGAUCCUGAAAGUGAUCCGCAAGAACCUGGUCAAGAAGUGUAUGGAGCUCUUCAGCGAACUCAUGGAGGACAAGGACAACUACAAGAAGUACUACGAGCAGUUUGGCAAGAACAUCAAGCUUGGAAUUCAUGAGGAUUCCCAGAACCGCAAGAAGCUUUCUGAAAUGCUUCGCUACUACACUUCUGCAUCGGGUGACGAGAUGGUAUCUUUGAAGGACUACGUGUCCCGAAUGAAGGACACCCAGAAGCACAUCUACUACAUCACUGGUGAGACCAAGGAGCAGGUAUCCCACUCUGCCUUCGUGGAGCGCCUGCGGAAGCACGGCCUGGAGGUGAUCUACAUGAUCGAGCCCAUCGACGAGUACUGUGUGCAGCAGCUCAAGGAGUUUGAUGGCAAGACCUUGGUGUCGGUGACCAAGGAGGGGCUGGAGCUCCCCGAGGAUGAGGCGGAGAAGAAGCAGGCAGAGGAGAUGAAGGCCAAGUUUGAGAGCCUCUGCAAGAUCAUGAAAGACAUUCUGGAAAAGAAAGUUGAAAAGGUAACAGUUUCCAACCGCCUGGUGUCAUCCCCCUGUUGCAUUGUAACCAGCACCUAUGGCUGGACCGCCAACAUGGAGAGGAUCAUGAAAGCUCAGGCUCUGAGGGACAACUCCACCAUGGGCUACAUGGCAGCCAAGAAACACCUGGAGAUCAACCCGGACCAUCCCAUCAUCGAGACUCUCCGGCAGAAGGCAGAGGCUGACAAGAACGACAAGUCUGUGAAGGACCUGGUCAUCCUGCUCUUCGAGACCUCGCUGCUGUCCUCCGGCUUCACACUGGACGACCCUCAGACUCACUCCAACCGCAUCUACAGGAUGAUCAAGCUGGGGCUGGGUAUUGAUGAGGAAGACAUGCCAACAGAGGAGGCAAUCAAGGAGGCUGUUGAGGACAUGCCCCCCUUAGAGGACGAAGGCGAUAGCUCCCGCAUGGAAGAAGUUGACUAAAUACUAAAUGUAGUUACUACUGUGAAUACUAGUGCAGGAUGUCCACGUUAUCUAUAAAUACGGCUUUGCUGGCGUUUGGCUACAGUUAAGAGCUCGCUCAUUGCUGGGCUCGAUCGCUUUUCUUUACAUAACAGAAAUCGGGAUGUUCAGAUGUUUAUUUUACAUUCCAGAGCAUUCCUCAUGUGGUUUGCUUUUUUUUAUGUUUGGUUUUCUGUUGCACUGUACAUUUCAUGAAUGUCAAAAGUAUCCAAUAAAAUGUUCUGUGAAUCA